CCUGAAACCAUUGAGGCACGUAGCUAUCCACUUGUGUAUCUUUUUGAACUUUGUCAUUGAGCAAGUGCAAGUAGAGUACAACAAAAUGCAGUAAAAGCCAUGUCCCCUGCGAGGAUGGAACUCACAACAGACCGUUCCAAGACUGCCUGUGCCUACCUAGAGCGCUAAGGAGUCCGUUGCCAGCGCCAAGUGACCAGUAUCCUUUGGAGUCAGCUGCCGAUGAUGCAUCCGUCCCAUAUUGCGUCAUUUACUUGGGCUGUCACGUCUGCUGUUCUGCUAAUUGUUCUGGAAUUGGGAGAAAUGAUGAACUCGACCUUGAAGGUAACACAGAAUUGAGAAUAUUUACUGGCUAUGAUAGAUCAAUAAUGCCCUCUACUGGCCAGACCUGAUAUCUGACAUCUGAGUUCACCACAGAACCAGGAAGUCACAGAAAACAAACCACUCCUCUGAAAAAAAGCAGUUCAAGGAAAACGAAAGUAAUCUCUUGUUCUUUUUUCUCUGUUUGCAUGUGUGUGAAAAAUGGCACAGGCUAUAAACUCAAUCAGUUGUUCAAUCUGUUUAGAUCUACUGAAGGAUCCAGUAACUAUUCCCUGUGGACACAGUUACUGUAUGGGCUGUAUUAAGGACUGUUUGGAUCAGGAAGAUGACAAGGGUAUCUACAGCUGCCAGUGCAGACAGACCUUCAUACCAAGACCUGUUCUAAACAGGAACACCAUCCUGGCUGAAUUGGUGGAGGAUCUGAAGAAGACAAGAAUCCAAGCUGCUCCUCCUGAUCAAUAUUAUGCUGGACCUGGAGAUGUGGAGUGUGAUUUCUGCACUGGGAGAAAACUCAAAGCUGUCAAUUCCUGUCUGGUGUGUCUGGCCUCUUACUGUGAGACUCACCUCCAGCCUCACUAUGAAUCUCCUGCCUUUAAAAAGCACAAGUUGGUCCAGGCCUCCACACAACUACAGGGGUUGAUCUGCUCUCAUCAUGACAAACUACUGGAGAUUUACUGUCGUACUGAUCAGCAGUGCAUCUGUUAUCUCUGUACAAUGGAUGAACAUAAAGGACAUGAUACAGUCUCAACUGCAUCAGAAAGGACUGAGAAACAAAGACAGUUGGGGGAGAAACAUUUGGAAUCCCAGAAGAGAAUUGGGGAGAGAGAGAAGAAGAUUCAGGAGUUGAGACAGACUGUGGACACUCUGAAGCACUCUGCACAGGCAGCAGUGGAGGAGAGUGAGAGGAUAUUUACUGAGCUGAUCCGCUACCUUGAGAAAAGACGCUCUGAGUUGAAGGAGCUGAUCAGAGCUCAGGAGAAGACUGAAGUGAGUCGGGCUGAAGGACUCUUGGAACGACUGAAGCAGGAGGUUGCUGAGCUGAGGAGGAGAGAUGUUGAGUUGAAGCAGCUCUCACACACAGAGGAUCACAUCCAUUUCCUCCAGAGUUUCCAGUCUCUCUGUGUCUCUCCUGGAACUGAGGUCUUACCCAGUAUCACUGUCUAUCCACACAUCUCCUUAGAGCAUGUCAAGAAAUCAGUCUCUGAACUGAAAGAUCAAAUACAGGAUGUAUUAAAAAAGGAAAUGGACAGGAUAUCUGGGGAAGUGACUACAGGUCAGAUUGGAACACCUGCUGAGUCCAAGACCAGAGAGGAGUUCUUAAAAUAUUCCUGCCAGCUGACAUUGGAUCCCAAUACAACAUAUAAGAGGCUGUGUCUGUCUGAGGGGAACAGAAAGGUGACAUGGAGUAAUAAGGUCCAGUCCUAUCCUGACCAUCCUGACAGAUUUACCUCCUGUAGACAGGUGUUGUGUAGAGAGGGUCUGUCUGGAGUCUGUUACUGGGAGGUAGAGUGGAGUGGGGGAGGGGUUGAUGUAGCUGUCUCAUAUAAAGAGAUCAACAGGAAAGGAGAUGGUUAUGAGUGUGUGUUUGGACAAAAUACUCAGUCCUGGGUGUUAUUCUGCUCUACAUCCAGAUGCUGUUUCUACCACAAUAAAACCAGUACUGAUAUCCGUGUCCCCUGCUCCUCCAGAGUAGGAGUGUAUCUGGACCACAGGGCAGGAACUCUGUCCUUCUACAGUGUCUCUGACACAAUGACCCUCCUCCACAGAGUCCAGACCACAUUCACUCAGCCACUCUAUCCUGGGUUUACUGUUUAUAAUGGAUCUGUGAAGAUACUGACACCUAUUCAGUGAUACAUCUAUCAGUCUGCUUGUAUCAAUGUAUGAAUGAUUGACGAUGGCUAAAGAUUAAUUUAAGAUUACAGAUAUUAUAUAAAACAGCAUGAUACAAUUACUAAUUUGCAUGUACACAGGUUUUAAUCAAAUCAAGUAUAAUAGGAUUAGCCAGAGGUCUGACUUCCUGAAUGAAUAUGAACAUAUUAUGAAAGAUGCCCCUCAAUGGUGAAGGGAGUUGAUUGACAGCUGAAAUGGACCAAUCAUCAUAAAGUUUAGUUUAGUCAGUGUCUACAACCCUACUGAACUAUUUUAACAGAGACGUUUCGUCUUGAUUUGCGGGAUUUGUUUUGAGUUGGUUGUUAACUUGUCAACAGGAAUAUAUUUAUAAAUAUAUACCAUGUGUAUUUAAAGCAUUAUUAAAUGUUCUACAAAACAGAUUUCAUUUUGACUGUAAAAUGUUUUGAAAAUAAUUUCAUUACUGACUGUGUAGAAUGUUUCUGUGUGAGGCGAUUUCAGGUAAACAGAGUAACCUCUUAUCUGUUGUCAUCUAGUGUGAUUGAUGGGGCAGAUAGGAGUUGAUUCACACAUUUAAUGAACAUUUACCUUUGGUUCAUGUUCAGCAAACAUCUGUUCUGUAUUUUAUGUGUGAUCAUAGAUUUGGGAAUCUUUCAUUAAGUCAUUUGUAAACAGUCUGUUAUGCUUUGUAGUACAUUCUACCUGGACUUGUUUAUAAUUACUAUCCACUUUAAUUAUGUAACAUUUGGGACACGUUGUAGAGAGACAGUCAACCAGGAUCAGAGAUAGUCAACCAGGGUCAGAGACAGUCAUUCAGGGUCAGAGACAGUCAACCAGGGUCAGAGACAGUCAACCAGCUUCAGAGAUAGUCAACCAGGGUCAGAGACAGUCAACCAGGGUCAGAGAUAGUCAACCAAGGUCAGAGAUGGUCAACCAGGGUCAGAGAUGGUCAACCAGGGUCAGAGAUGGUCAACCAGGGUCAGAGAUGGUCAACCAGGGUCAGAGAUAGUCAACCAGGGUCAGAGAUAGUCAACCAGGGUCAGAGGUAGUCAACCAGGGUCAGAGAUAGUCAACCAGGGCCAGAGACAGUCAACCAGGGUCAGAGACAGCCUAAGGAGAGUAAAGAGUUCAGUAUCCUACAAGACAGAAAAAGGCUCCAGAAUACUUAAAGGAGUACCAGUGUAAAACUGUGUGUAAUAAUGACAAAAGUGAACAUGUAGAUUAUUUCUACAGAGUAGCUUAUGGUGUACCUAAAACAUUCAGAGAGGCUAUGGACUCUAAGAAGUCAAAGAUGUGGACGGACCCAAUGAAAGAGGAGAUGAACUCUUUGACAGAGAAUGAGACUUUCACUCUGACUCCACUUCCAAGAGGCAAACAAGCAGUGGGAGGCCGCUGGGUUUAUGCAGUGAAAGAGAGCCCAGAUGGAUCUGAGACUUGUAAAGCCAGAUAUGUCACUAAAGGAUAUGGUGAAGUAGAAGGGACUGACUCUAAAGAGACCUUUUCACCGACAGCCAACAUGACCUCUGUCAGAGCAUUGAUGCAGGUGGCUGUACAGGAGGAUCUUACACCAACUGGAUGUGAAGACUGCUUAUCUCCAUGCUCCGAUGGACUGUGAGCCAUAUAUGGAACAACCGGAAGGUUUUGAGAUCAAGUCAAAAACAGGGGAAGACUUAGAGUGCAAACUCAAUAAGUCAUUGUAUGGUUUAAAACAGUCUGGCGUAACUGGAACAUGUUACUGCAUGAUCACCUUACAGAAAAGGAUUUUGUAUAAAAUGAUGCUGAUAAUUGUGUCUACAGCAGAGAAUCUGAGAACGAGAAAGUGAUUCUGUUAUUGUGGGUAGAUGACUUAAUCAUGGUGGUGAGUAACAACACCUUACUCAGUGAUGGAAAAGAAAUGUUGAAGAGAAGGUUUAAAAUGAAAGAUAUGGGUCCAUUUAAACACUUCCUGGGUGUGGACUUCAGACAGAGUGAGGGAGAGAUCAAAAUGACUCAAAAGAGACACAGAGAAGAUGUUAGUGACAUUUGGAAUGUCUGAAUGUAAACCGAGAUCCACCCCAUGUGAGCAAAAGUUAAACUUUGACAGUGAGGGUGAAGUUAUUGACUAAACAGGAUAUAAAGAGAUAGUAGGUAGCUUGAUAUACAUUAUGACAAGUACUAGACCUGACCUGAGCUGGGUUGUUAAUAAACUAUCACAACACAUAGCAGAACCAAAGCAACAGCAUUGGGCUGCAGCAAAAACACCUACUGAGGUACUUAAAGGGUACUAUGGAUCAAGAACUACACUCUCAGAAAAGUGAGGAAAGGCUACAGCUCGAGGGAUAUAGUGAUUCUGAUUGGGCAGCCGAUAAAAAUGAUAGGAGGAGCACAACUGGAUACUGUUUCAACUUAAAUGAGAAUGGUCCAGUUAUAUCGUGGAAGAGUAGGAAACAGCCAACAGUGGCACCAUCCACCUGUGAAGCUGAGUAUAUGACACUAGCAGCCACUACUCAAGAGAGUAUGUACCUUGAAGGAAUAGUCAGUAGUAACCAGCAUGUGACAGUCAAGAUAUAUGAGGACAACUAGGGGGCGAUAGCUUUAUCUAAGAACCCAGUAUUCAGACAGAGAAGCAAACACGUAGAUAUAAAGUAUCACUUUGUACGGUCUGCACACACAGAAGGGAGAAUAUCUAUAGAAUACUGCCUUACUGCAAACAUGGUCGCUGAUAUCCUUACCAAGCCAGUGACACAGGCUAAGUUUGAGAGUUUCAAGGGGUAUUUCUUUGGAGAGUAAUGUGAGCUGGCAAAUGUAAAUGUUUCUGAAGUUUUUAGAACACUGCCAGAUGUGUUAUUUUGGCAUAAUGUAUUUUUGGUUUUUGUUUACCCCUUUUUGAGAGCUGUAAGCAUGUCUUUAAGUGGGAGUGUUAAGCAUAUUUGAUAUGAGGAGCAAAGCCAUGUUAAAUAACCUACGCAGUGACAUCAUAUUAGUAUGUGUGUGCCUGCGUGCACUUGAAUGCUAUUGUGAGCAUGCUCAGAUUAAACGGUCUGAGUGAGUUCCCAGACCAGAGAGAC